GGCGCAGGGCUCUAGGGAGGGCGCGGGAUCCACGGGCUGGCGAGCAGGCGCGGGCGGGCGAGCAGCUGACAGCAUCGUCACGGCGGCGGGAAGGAGCGCGCGCCCCGCCUGCCUCCGGGAGGAGCCCGCAUCCUCACAGGCUGCGCUGCCCUGUCCUACGCGAGGCGAGCUGGGAAGAAGCUCUGAGCACUUGUGUUCUUCCUCAGGUGCUCUCUGGUUGACAGUUGGAGCCCUCAAGCAACAUGCCGGAACAGAGCAAUGACUACCGGGUGGCUGUGUUCGGGGCAGGUGGUGUUGGCAAGAGCUCCCUGGUCUUGAGGUUUGUGAAAGGCACAUUCCGGGAGAGCUACAUCCCCACGGUUGAAGACACCUAUCGGCAGGUGAUCAGCUGUGACAAGAGCAUCUGCACACUGCAGAUCACAGACACCACGGGCAGCCACCAGUUCCCUGCCAUGCAGCGGCUGUCCAUCUCCAAGGGGCACGCCUUCAUCCUGGUGUAUUCUAUCACCAGCCGGCAGUCCUUGGAGGAGCUCAAACCCAUCUACGAACAAAUCUGCGAGAUCAAAGGGGACGUGGAGAGUAUCCCCAUCAUGCUGGUGGGGAACAAGUGUGACGAGAGCCCAAACCGCGAGGUGGAGAGCAGUGAGGCGGAAGCCUUGGCCCGCAAGUGGAAGUGUGCCUUCAUGGAGACCUCGGCCAAGCUCAACCACAACGUGAAGGAGCUGUUUCAGGAGCUGCUCAACCUGGAGAAGCGCAGGACUGUGAGCCUACAGAUUGACGGGAAAAAGAGCAAACAGCAGAAAAGGAAAGAAAAGCUCAAGGGCAAAUGUGUGGUCAUGUGAAUGCCCUUCCUGUGGGAGGAGCAGCUGAGUGUCCCCUGUCACCUCUCCUUCCCCCUUCCUCGUGAAACCCAACGUCGUGUUGUCAGGGUAGCAUGUAAGAUGCCCACAUAUUAAAUAUUGCAUUUUGACCGAGAUGUGCCCUCUUGUCCUUACGAGGACAUUUCACAGCACCAACAAUAAGCCCCCUUCUCCAGAAUCAGGGAAUCUGCUAGAUGGUUAAAAUGAAAACCAACAUGCUCGGGAUCACAGGUGGCUGAGAGGUAUCAGCAGUCCCUGAAAGCAUUGUGUGCCAUUAGGAGGUGGUGGGGCUGGUACCCACGGAAGCAAUGUGUGCUCAGAGCAGUCACUGUCACUGCAUGCAUGCCCAAGCAUGUGAACCUGGAGCUUCAGGCGCCACCCCAGACCAGGCGUUUCCCUCCGCUCAGAAGUCAGUGCCAUCCUUGGGGGAGGGGAGAGGCAGGAGGAGGUGAGACCAGGCCGAUGUUGCUCUAUUUCAUGGUUCUUUAACUGAAUUACAAUCAAACAACACGGCCUCCCCCAGAGGAUGUUCACUGCCCACUCCCAGCUGACCUUGUAAGCCUUGCUUCCCUGAGGGGUCCUACUCACCUCACUAGAUCUAGUUCGCAGGUAUCAGUUUAACCAGUUAGAGUAUUUAUUUUCACAUAGGAGGAUGAGUUCACUAAGAGCGUGCUGCUCUGUCAGAAAUUCUUUAGUGUGUGAGGGAGGAUACUGUGACAUUGCUAAGCCGCCACGACAGUGCUCCUGUGUUAUACCUGGAAGGUUUUCCAUGUGCAGUUUCCUUCCUUUGACCCAUGAGGGCUAUCACUUCUCCCAGUCCUCAGAUUUUAAAUAAAAGCAAUUAAAGUAUUUAUUUUUAGACAAUGCUGUUUUCCUCCAAAGAUUGUUUUCUUCUUUUAAAUAACUGGAUCUGUAUCCAAAUGGGUAACAGCCGGCAAAGGCCAUCUGAAGACCAAAAGCACAUCCAUUUUCUAAAUGACACGGACAUGUAAAUGCCAUACUUUGCACCUUAAUGAAAUAUUUUGAAAUAGAAGUUGUUCACUGUGUUUUUGAUGACCUAUCUAUAACAGUAUAUUCCUGGAAUAUGUGUUUAAGUAAUAGUAGAGUAUCUUGCAUGUUAUAAUGUCCAUUAUAAAUGUCCCCUAAGUGCUGUUCAAUGCACUGCUCACUCUGGAAACAAUUAUCUUUUUCUCCUAAUGAUCUUGUGUAUAUCCUUAAUCCUUCAGACCAAAUGACAGCCACUGUUGGUUCCUGCCUGCUGGUGGAGACGGGGUGGUGGUGGCGACAGGCGGGGCAGAGCCCGCUCAGCUUAAUUGCUCUGCCAUCCUCGAGUCUGGUUGGGCUCUGCUUCCCGAAAAUUCCCACUAACAGAGUCUGUGCGUCUCCUGUUUGUUCCAGUCAGCAUAGCCCUUGCUGGCCCCGAUUCCAAAAUCUUCCUUCUAGCAGUUCUUCCUGUUGCCUGCCUGGCAGGCGAGGAAGCUAAGUGCUGGCAGCCCCCCGGGCUUGUGCAGGGAGCUUGUGGCUGUGGGGCGGCAGCCCCAGCCCUGGUAGAGUUAUGAAGUGUGGGAUGUCUGCACACACCCCCUUUGGGUCUUCUCUCCUGCAACCUGCUGUGUCUUUCCUACUCCUCUUGAGCAGGGUUGAGGCAGUAGCCACUGGGCAGCUCCGUGCUCUCAACAAAUUCCAAAUGAACCCUUACUGGUUAAAUUUCCUUGGUUUUGUCUCAUCCUCUCUACUUGUCUAA